AUGAGUGCUAUCAAUGCUUUCUCUGCAGCGCCUUCCAAGCCUUUUUUCCUGACUGCCCCGCCAUUCUACUCAGCCUGCUGCGGUGGGUCCUGUCGGCGCCCUGCAUCCCCCACUGUUUUUCCAAAUGAGGAGAGUGUUCUGCCUCUCCUGGCACAGGACUCGAACUCCAAAGCUCGGAGGGGCAUUUUAAGAAGAGCCGUCUUUUCUGAGGACCAGAGAAAGGCUCUGGAGAAAAUGUUUCAGAAGCAGAAAUAUAUCAGCAAAAUAGACCGGAAGAAACUUGCCAUCAACUUGGGACUAAAGGAAUCACAGGUGAAAAUUUGGUUUCAGAACAGAAGGAUGAAGUGGCGGAAUUCCAAAGAAAAGGAAGUGCUUUCCAACAGGUGUGCCCAAGAAGUAGGCCUUCAGGAGGACCCCCUCUCACGCUCCGCUCUGGGCUUCCCUUCUCCGUGUCCUUCCCUCUGGGACAGCUCCCAACAGCACUCGAGUCCCAGGUGGAGGGAGAAUUUCCCAGAACCUCCAGAAAGACUAAUCCAGGAGAGUUCGGGGGCACAGCCCCCAGAAGCCAAUUCACUGCGAAGUGCCUUAUAUUUGUGUUCUGAAGAAGAAGCUGGAGACAAGGGCGUACUUACCGUCUGAAUGGAAGCGUUCCUUCACGUUAAUUUAAAAGAACACUUAACUCAUAAUGUUUGGACUCUAAAGCCAACUAGCUUGUGCCUCAUCAGUGCCUAAAACCUAACACCGUUGGAGUGAUGCAGGAACUAAUGCUUUAGGAAACUUUUUCCAGUGUUCUGUUAUUUGGGUCUUAAGACUCAGACUUAAUUUGUAAGUGGAAUAGAAUCUCCCAGAAACUAUGAUGAAAGUGAAAAAUGAGAGUGGUAGUUGGCUCAGUCUAAAUAUGUGUAUAUAUAUGAUGUGUCUCUAUGUGUAUAUGUAUAUAAAUAGUCAUUAAAAUACAUUAGUAGAAACACCAGUUCCUCUUUAAAUACUGCAUUGAGCAAAUUCAUCUCCUUUUACAUGAAGAAAAACCAACCAUUGACCAAAUGUUAUUAAUUUUUAAAAAAAUACUAUAAAAGUUGGAUUUUAGUCCAAAUUUGUAUAUCAUCAGAACAUGUUUUUAAAAUUUCUCUAUUUUCUAGUUUCAUUCAGGAACCAGCUGUAAAUGAGUUUUAACAACUCAGCAUUCCCAAUCAAAUGAGCCACUGCUGGAUACAUACAUUGAAAGUGUAUGUUUAAAAUUAAUCCAACAAGCAAACUAGAAGAAUUUCUGAAUGUACCUAUUAGUAUUCUUAAUUUCCAAGUCUCUGGUUUUUAUCAGGCCAUCAGUGAGGGAGGUACCCAUUUAACCAAUGAUUAUCUUCUGAGCUCUUUUCUCUAAGGAUGGGCCUUAAUCAGGGUUUGCAAAGUAAAAUGCCUCUAAGGGCCUGUCAGAUUUAAAAAAAAAGGGGGGGGGGUCAUGACCCACCUAAAGAUAUUUGAGUUUUUUAAAAUAGUGUGUUGGCCAAACAAACCAUCUGUGCCAAGCUAUUUGUGACCUCCAGCCAAGACUUCAAGAAGUGUCACAGUUUUUUAAAUGUUCCAAUUGGACUUCAGAACACAAUAUUGAAGGAAUCUAUAGUGAUUUCUCUUUGCACUUCUACGUAUAGACUUGAUUUUUCCACUUAGGUGGUAUAGACUAUAUAUAUUAGGUUAUUUUUAUGUAUUAACAAACACCAUACAGAUGUUUUAUGUUUCUGAAGUACCCUGAAAUAGUAUUAUUAUAAAAUUGCCUUUCUGGUAACGAUUUGCUUAGUUAAUCUAGAAUUUUUAUUCCAGGUCCAAGAAAAAAUUAUGUUUUACUUUGAAGGAAAUGAGGCAGAGAAAAGGAAAUGAUAUGGUUUGAACUAGGUUAUUAUUAAUCUGCAGACAAAAAACAGUAUUAGAAGUUCGUGAUGUGGCAUCUUGUUAGUGAGAAAGCUGCAUAAAGAGAGUGGCUUCUAAUUUGCUUAUGUUUUUAACUAUAGACUUGGAAGGUUUAGAAAAGAGUAUUUCACUAUGUUGUACACCUGAAACUAAUAUAAUGUUGAAUACAGCUGUAAUUGAAAAAUAAAACAGUACAAGAAAAGAAAAGGUAAUAUUUCAGAAGAUAAUAGCUUUAGUCAGCAUCAGGAAAUUAUUUUCUAUGAAUGGAAUUUGAAUUGGUGUAUGCUAGCUUGUGUCUUUAUCACAAGAUCUUUUAUUUAAAACUCAUCUCAGAAGAAGCUUCUCAGUGCCUCUUUGUGGGAAGUAGAGGCAGAGAUCUUCUGACAACAAAGUACAUUUUUAAAUUAAAAUGCUCUUCAUUUUUAAGUUAUUAGUUUCAGGUGUACAACAUAGUGAUCAGACAUUUAUAUAACUUAUGAAGCAAUCACCCUGAAAAUGAUUUAUAGUGUGGUUUCUUUUCUUUAUUUGAUGUUAACCUCAUUUACAUUUAAUGGGUCCUUUCUAUGUGCUAUGCCUUUAGGGUGGGUUAACUCAUGACAAUAACCGUAUGAGUAGGCACUAUUACUAUCAGGAUUCCUAUUGCCCAGACAGAGGCAUGAGGCAAUGUGGUUAGGGUGAUUGCCCAUGGUCAUGAGGUUAAUAAUUGAAAUUUGGACCCUGAAGUUUCAAAUCUUGAAAUCUUACCAACUACGUGGGGGUGCAUACCACUGUGGGAUGCAUUGUAAGACGUAACAUUUUGAGGAUUGUAGUGAAAUUUAUUUUAAAAAUUCAGAACCACAUUGUACUUUACAAGCUCUUAUUUGGGGAAUGGUUUUCCUCCAGUAUUCUCUUCUCUAUUCAUUUUAAAGCAUUGGUUCUCAACCUUCCUAAUGCUGCUACCCUUUAAUACAGUUCCUCAUGUUGUGGUGA